AUGACUCCACACAUCCAUAUCUGCACUCAUAAAAACAACAGCAGAGUCAAAGUGACAGAGGGACAGAUUCAGAGGGACAGAACGGUGUUUCUCAUAUGGAACAGUUUGAACGAUCCUCUGUUUGGCUGGCUGAGUGACCGUAACUUCCUUGGCUCUGCUCAUUCUGGCCCUUACAUCUCGUCCCCUGAGGUGAUCCUGAAACGCCUGGGGGCCCUCUCCAGGAACGGCCCCCUCUUCGCCCUCUCCUUCCUGUCCUUCUGGGUGCCCUGGGCCCCCCCGGGCCUCCACUUCCUGUUGUGCCUGUGCCUGUAUGACGGCUUUCUCACCCUGGUCGACCUCAACCACAACGCCCUCCUGGCCGAGCUGGCCGUGUCAGCCAGCGACCGCGCCCGCCUCAACUUCCACUGCUCUCUGUUCAGCGCGCUGGGAUCCCUGUCCGUCUUCCUGUCCUACUGCUUCUGGGACAAGGAAGACUUCUUCUCCUUCCGGAUCUUCUGUGCCACGCUCGCCGCUGCCUCCAUAGCAGGGUUCGUGGUGGUGUGCCGGUUGCUGCGGCGACGGUUCCGGGGCGAGGCUCGUCUGAAGCAGGAGGAGGCGCUGCAGCUGAAAGAGCUGAGUGUGGGGCCUCCUGCCCCCCCCCAGCAGAGCCCCCUUUCCCUGGGGGAGUACCUGCGCCAGCUCUCCAAGCACAGGAACUUCAUGUGGUUCUCCUCCAUGAACCUGCUGCAGGUGUUUCACUGUCACUUCAACAGUAAUUUCUUUCCUCUGUUUCUGGAGCACCUCCUCUCAGACAGCAUCUCUGCCUCCACAGGCUCCAUCCUGCUGGGGAUCUCCUACAUCGCCCCCCACCUGAACAACAUGUACUUCCUGUCGCUGUGCCAGCGCUACGGUGUUUACCUGGUGGUGCGCUGGCUGUUCCUGCUGAAGCUGGCUCUCAGCCUGGCUAUGCUGCUGGCCGGGCCCGACCAGCUCUACCUGCUCUGCAUCUUCAUCGCCAGUAACCGUGUGUUCACUGAGGGGACCUGUAAGCUGCUGAGCCUGGUGGUGUCUGAUCUGGUGGACGAGGACUUUGUGAUGAACCGGCGCCAGCAGCCAGCCUCCGCGCUGCUCUUUGGCAUGGUCGCCUUGGUGACCAAGCCAGGCCAGACCUUCGCCCCCCUCUUCGGUACCUGGCUGCUGUGUGUCUACACAGGUUUCGACAUCUUUGAGAGGAGCUCAGGGCCGGCGCUGGACCCUGUUGCAGUACCAGUCCUCCCUCCACCAGGGGGCGCCCCUCUGCGCCUGGGCUGCUUCCACCUGCUAGUGUUUGUCCCCAUCACCUGCUCCGUGCUGCAGCUGUUGGCCUGGUCCCGCUUCACCCUGCACGGCCGCCGGCUACAGGGCGUCAAGGCCCACAGGCAGGGGGUGCAGCACAGCAGCCUUGCAGACAUCAAGGCCACCUGAGGGCUGCUCGGCCGACCAGCAUAGUGAGCGCUGCCAUCUGCUGGCGGGGAGUGGGAACUGCAGCACAUCCCUCUAACAAAAGAGAGGAAAGGACUGGUUUUAUGAAAUCUUGCACACGAGUUGGGAACUUUUUGUAAAUUGAAACUUGCCUUAUUUUGAUAUAAAGAGUUGGAGAUGUUUAUAUUUAUACGUGAACUUUUGACCAAAUUAAGAGUAAUUGAACCGUCUUUGAAAGGACCCUUUUAAACCCAAAAACGAGGCGUGUAAAUGUGUCUGUGUUCUGAUUGGACCAGUGUUACUUAGUAAGCAUCAGGUUCGGAUCAUGUAGCCUACACCACUAAGGAAUAGGUUUGUCAACAACCUCGACACUAAUACUACUUUACCGUAACAAGCUUUAUGGCCAUGUGUGUCGGCCAUGUCAUAUUUUCCAAUGUGCUGAGACGAAAUGACCAAAAAUGCAGGGGAACAAAGUGUAUCGGCAUGAAGUUAAAAGCGGGGUAAAAAUAAUCUAAUUUCAGUUUGAUUGGGGAAUGCAUGUAGCCUACUGUGCCCGUCAAGUUUCUCCCGUGCACCACCCAUCUGUUUAUCUGCACUUCGGUCAACAUUAGUCAGAGACAGAUUCUCUUGUCUUGUUCUGACCAGACCUCCUGCAGAACUGCCAUCGAACUGAAACCAUUUGUGUCUUAAAAAGUAUUUUACAUCGUGGUUAUGAUAAUCUUGGUAUUAAUUGAUUUUUAAAUAUUUACGAAGUUGGAUUAUUAGGCUGUUAACAGUCUGUUUACACAAACUUAACAUUUUAUGACUUUCAUUGUGAAAAUUAUGGAUUUAUUCAGUACUAUUUAUUGGACUGAAAAAUGACUGUGCCAUGACAGCAUUUGUGGUGCCGUCUUCAAGAAAUGCAUUCCACGUUCCAUGUUCUGGAAUUAAUCAUAAUUUUCAAUGUACAGUGAGUUCACUGGUUUGGAUCUUCGAGAUCUUUUAUUUUGUCUCUAAUCAUUAACGUAAAACUGCUUUAGAGUAACUCAGGAAGUGCACAAUGUGAGUUUCUUAAAAUGUCACAAUACAUUUAGUAGAGUGUGGAUCGGACAAGCCAGUCAGAACAGAUGUCAGUGUUUACGUGAUGUUUAACCUAGUGGUUGUCUAGCUGUACUUUUAUUUUUAUUUUAUUGCAGCGUCUUAUUUCAGACCACAUUUGUCGCUAAUAAAGUGAUCUAAUUGAU